AGUUAAAUAAGUUAAGUUUAUACUACAACAUGUGAGAGUUUCUUAAACACUGAAGCUCAUUCAUGGGUCUCUGCCUGUGAACGAGAAGCAGCCUCACUGUUGGCUUCACUUGGCUUUAGCUGAAGUAUGCUAUGUAGCUAGCUGUCGUUAGCUGUAGAGCAUGUGAGUUUGUGAGAGCCCUGUAGACUGAGGGCAUCAGAUUGACUGGAAGACACCUGAACAUGAAAAGUGAUUUGCCCAUCACACCUGCACCGGACUGCCUGUGCAGCAGUAGCUUCAGCUGCAGCGAUGGCUGCCUUUUACUCAGGUAUCCAUCUGAAACUGAAGAGUCCUCAGACUCCAUGGGAGGACAAGUUAAAGCUGGCACGUUUUGCCUGGAUCUCCACUCAGUGCCUGCUGCCUAACAAGGAACAGGUGCUGUUGGACUGGUGCACUCACGCUCUGACAGGCUGGUACAAUCAGAAGGUGGAGUUUUCUCAGAAUGUUUUGGAAGGACUGUGGUGUUACCUUGAUAAUCUGCUCCACAGCAGGAAGCUCCACUCUCUUCUCAAGCAGGGCAAGACCAUCAGUCUGAGGCUCAACAUGGCACAGCUGCUGCUUGAUAGAUUCCAGGAGAGCGCGCGUGUUGGCUCCAAGUCGCCAGUGUGUGUGUCCACCAUACUGAGUGUCUGUCAGGGCCUUCUCUCGUCUCCUGCGCUCUCAUCUGUGUUCACAACCAAGUAUGAACUCAUGGUCAAUCUCCUGGUGAAGCUCUCUGCUCUGGCCUGCCGUGAGCUACAACAGUCUUUGCUCACAGAAGCUCUAAUGGCUGAUUCUGUCACAUGUGAAGAUGAGGUGAUGACUGAGUGUCUUCAAACUCAGCCUAACAGCAAACUGGACGAUUCCCAAAUGGAGGCGAUCACUGAAAAUCCGCCAGAUCAGCCAAAAUUAGAUCCAAAUAAAUCCUCUUUCAAGGAAAACCUCCGUUCAGCUAACUUGUUUGAGGUGUUGCUUCAGGGGCUGUCAUGUUAUUUGUCAGUUCAGCGACAACAAGCCAAUCCUAACAGAGUCUUUACUAUGGUAACCAACCAGCUGAUCCAGACAUUAGUACUGCUCAGACACCUGCUGACCUCUGGGGAAUUUGCACCUUCUCACACACAUCUGCGUCUCCGUCAGCAGCUGUGCAGAGACAUCCGCAUCAAGAUAGACUCCAUCCUUCAGUCGGCCCUCUUCCCCUCUGAGCACUUGACGUCUUACAAGGAGGAGCUCCUUCCAUCUAAAGAAGAUUCAGGGAAACGUGGUCCUGGAGGGGCAAAAGGCCCCUUGAAGCCAGUCAGUGCCAUACUUUCCAAACUGAGUGCUGAGGGCUACUGUGAGCCACCCCUACAUUACUCUGUGAAGUCGAACACAUUGUCUCUGCUGUUUAAGUUCUUUCUGGAAAGCUACGGAAAAGGCAGAGGAGAAAGUCAAGAAGCGCGCAGGAUGCUGUGUUUCUAUUUCCUCGCCAGGUUGGUCCCGGCCUUGGACCUAGGUCUCAAUGGACACUCACCCUCAACUGCCAAAGCAGACCAGCCAGUCUCUGUGCCGACUGGGCAAAAGUCUCCACCAGCCUCCCUCUGUACCCCAGAGAGCUGGAGCCUGGCUCUGCUGGCGGUGGAGUCCCUGCUAAGCCAGGCUCUGUCAGCUGAUAUUUACAAUGUAGCAGCAGACAAGAUCAGACACGGAGAGGUCCAGCUCAACUUUUAUAGAGCCCUGGGACAAAUGCUCUUCAACCAGGCCCAGCCAAGCAUUCCAGCAUGGUACCGUUGUUUAAAGGUGCUGUUGAAUCUCAACCAUCUGAUUCUUGAACCAGACCUGGACCAGCUGUCAUCUUCAGCCUGGGUUAAUUCUGAAUGCAUGGAAGCACGAGUUCAACGGGCCAGACAGCUCAUGGUGUGCAGUCUCCUCCAGACCUACACUAAGCUCCGUCAGCUGCCUCGCCUCUUCUCCGAGCUCUUGUCUGUGAUCUGUCAGCCGGCCUUGGACCACCUCCGACCUCCUCUAUUGCCUGAGGGCAUCUCUGCCUCGCUCAAGACUUGUCUUCUGGACACUCCGCCUUCCCAGGGCAUAGAGAUCUGCUCAUUAGUGUUGGAAAGCAUCAGGAAGCAUAUACUGCCUGACUUGGUGAAUGAGGAAAGUGGGGCAGAGAAGAUGGAGAUUGAUGGGGGUGAAGACGAUAAAUGGGAGAAUAAAGCCCAAGAGAGAGAGGAUGCAUCCCUGAAGCUGUUUUCUCUCAGCCAGCUGCUUCAUGUUGUUUUGUUCAGUCUGAAGUCUCUAGACAGCACCUCUCCUCUUCCCAUAGUCAGGCAGAGUCAAGGCCUUAUGGAGGAGAUGCAACAGGUAGUCAAGGAGUUGCUGCAUCUGUUGUCAUCAGAAAAAAAGUCUGUAAAAACAAAUACAAGCUCAAUUCAAAAGACCCCAAGGAAAGGCAAAAAGAACUUGGACCACAAAGAGCCAGAGAAGGUCUCAGAGUCUAAUACUGGGGCACUGUGGGAACAAAAGAUCCAGGAGGCCGCUCUCCUCCUCACAUACACCUGGGUGGAAGUUGACACGCUCUUCUAUAUCCACUGCAGCAAAUACACACCUCUUGACUCAGCCCAGACAGCAGCUGCGAGUAAGACUGCAGACCGUGUUCCAGUCCUAACUCGUAUAGAAAGUCUGUUGUCUGGAGAGAUUUUUCCAGCACGUCUCCAACCGUCCUGUAGCCCCAUGAGCUGUUUCCUGCUCAAACUCCUCACUUUGCAACAAACAAAGAAGGUUUUGCUAGAUGCCACAUUACUUUGUGAACCUAGCACUGUCGCACUGCUAAACAGGGCAGCCCAGUUUAUUUUAGCUAAAUCAGAUUACGAGGUGAGUUUGGAUGGGGAGCAGGUGUGGGACGGGCAGAUAGGGAGUGUGACCACUGGGUCCUACCCUGUUGCACACUGGUAUCUCAUCACGUCCAAUUUACCUUUGAUUGCUCCUUACCUAAGCGGAGAAGAUGUGGACUGCGUAGCAGAUGCACUUGUCAGUUCACUCCUCAGCAGACAAGCAGGCGGAGGUAAGGACCAGCCACCUGGCCGUCUGACUGUCUACCUCAUAUCUUCACAGCUUCUCCAAAGCCCCGUUUUUGCUGAGUUGCCAUCACUGUUCUCUGCCACAGUUUGUUCACUCACACAAAGGAUCAUUGGUGUCUUCAAGGCAGCACAUGUACCCAAGAUUUGUCCUACACUCCUGAAGUUUCAGGAGAAAGGAACUGGAGUGAACUCUUUAGAAAGCGAUGCCAGUCAUGCUCUGCCCACAAAGGAGACUAUAGUUGAGGACAUAUUGGCAUCCUCAAAGACCGGAGAGGUGUCUGUAUUGCUGACUGACACACAGAGCAAGGAACUGGUAGACUUACUCCAAAUCCUAACACACCUAAACCCAGAUGGGAUGAACUCUGAGGAUCUCUCUUCUGUUUUCCUCCUCCUUUUCUUCAUGCUCACCUCCACCUCCACCUCCAGUCAGUCAGACCAGGUGGCUGCAGACCCUCCUGAAUCUGGAGGUGAUGCCGUAUUCCUGGUGAAGUUGCUCAGGAUUCUGACUUGUCUCCUGGAGGGUAGAAACUUCCCGAGUGUUUUGAAGCUCAUCCAUGGUGGUGCUCUGCUGCAGGCGGCCGUGUCUUCUCUGCUCUGCCAUAGCAACAAUGGAAGAUUUCGAGACGCAUGCCACUCCGAUUGGCUGGAUUUAAUCAAAGCAGUGCAGGGCUUCAUCAGGUGUUUGGUCCAGUUGAUUAUAAUCAGAAACAGCAGCGUUCGACUCAACCUGGACCAGUUUACCUCCUAUCUUACCAGUACGGAUAUUGUGGCACCCGGUUCAGCAGCUGUGUUAGGUAAACCAGAUCCAGGACUGUCCAUUAUGUCUGUUCAUGUCCUGCUGGCAUCGCUGACCUCUUUCUCCCAGGCAAUGACCUCUAACUUGGGAAGAAGUAAACCAAUGGAUCAAACCUUGACCCAAAUGCUCACAAGAACGACUGCUUCACUGGGACCAGCGGUUGAGUAUGUACUAAAGCCUCCGACUGUCAGUCAGUCAUCCAUCCAGCCAGCCCGCAUCCUCGGUCAAGCCUUUGUAGUAGAAGUUGUUACGGUCAUGCUGCAAUGUGAGCUGUCUUCACUGUCAGUGGAGGAAAAGAACAAGCAGACUGACACUAAGCUGAGCCAUAUGAACCUCUAUCAGAACUUCUGCCAGCAGAUCCUGAAAGAAAUAAGCUCUGCCCACAGGCCCAUGGACUUCCUAGUUUCCUCUUUCCAUUUCCUAUCAGCUUUCCACAAAGCAAUGAAGAAGACAGGAGGAGAUAAGAAGGAUGAGCAAGGAGAGGAGAGGACGGGAGGAAAGGAGCUGGAUGAGCUGCACGUGCAGAUACUGCAGAAUGUGCACAGACUACUGACAGCUUCCUGGCUCUCUUCAAACGAUCUUUGUGAGCUGGAGCCAGCUGUGCAGGAGCUGCUGCGCCACCUGGUGGAGGAAAGUAGUACGGGUCAGUUCAACCUGCUAUUGAUGAUGAUCAGAGAAGGACUGGACAUUGGCCAGCUGAGGGCAGGAAACUACAGGGAGGUGCUAUCUGCAGUAAUCAUCAUUAAGCUGCUGUCCUGUUGUCAGUUACCUGAGCCCUGCUCUAAAGCUCUGUGGCUCCUUGCACCACAGAUUAUAUCUGCUAUGGUGUUCUUAGUAAGAUCGUCCAGUCAGGACGUCUCUUUGACCCUCCCAUUCACCGUUCCUGCGGUGAUGUCAGUAACAUCACUGCUGCGCCAGGGGGAGGGGCUUAUCACCAACCCUCAUCAUGUAAUCUUGGUCCUCGGAGCGCUCCAGUCGGUGCCCCUCGACCACUUGACCCCGCUCGUCUACCAAUCAGCAUUCCUGGCUGUUCAUGAGGCACUGUUUGCCAUCAUCCAGUGUCAUCCUCAGGUGAUGUUGAACGCAGCUCCAUCAUUCUUAAAUGUCUUUCACCGCCUGGUUGCAUCCAUCAUGCAGGAGGGUCGGCAGAGAGGAGACGGUGACACAGGUCCAGACCGUGACGUGUAUCUCCAGUGCUCCAGAUUGAUAGAGAGGAUGUACUCUCACAUUGCUGCUACAGCUGAGAGCUUCACCACACUGUCAGCCUUCAUGGUGGCUCAGUACGUCACAGAGCUGCAGAAGGUUACUCUACGACCAGACAUUAAGCUGCAUCUAACAGAGGGGAUCUAUCGGAUAUUGGACCUGUGUAUGGAGCAGGAUAUCAAGUUUCUGACGGCCGGACUGCAGAUGGGAGUCAGAGAGGUGUUCAAUGAGCUGUACGGCAGCUAUACCCACUACCACAAAGCACAGAGACAAGGAGAGGACAAGUACACUGUUUGAACUGCCACAUCAACCACCAUCAACCUUUUGUUUAGUUUUCAGUUUAACUAAUUAAAAGAAAUUUGAAAUAAAUGGAAAGACUGUUUAUAUGUAAUUUCUGAUUUUGAAUGGAGAAUCCAUCCAUAACAGUACAAUGUACAAUAUUUGUACGAUUGUACAAUAUUUAAAAAUAUCAAGAUGAAAAUACUUCAGAGGAGCUACGCAAAAAUUGCUCCUGAGGAGUGUUAUGACCAGACUCAAUCGCACUGAUACAAAGUAACUGGUUAACGUCUGUUAUAUGCUAACACGCCCUAUAUACCAUAUAACAUACAGCACAUGUCUGACUGGAGGAAAGGUUCCUUGUUUCUCAGGAGGCACAGCGACUGUCGGAGGACCUUCACCCUGUGUCAAUACGGGAACUGUAUUUGAGCAAGGUUAAAGUGUCUCCUCAUCAGAUUUAUUUCACAUUGCAACCAUGACAAAGGAUGUGUCAAAUGUUGUGUUUAUAUUAUAACUUGAAGAAACUGAAUUCAGUGAGGUAUGAUUAAUAGCUGAAGAAUGUAUGGAUAUGUUUUUUUUUUUUUGUUUCUAUAUUGCUGUUUUGUUUUUCCAAAAUGAUUUAACACAGAUACAUUUAGAUACGAUGCUGUCUCAAGCCUGUUUAAAUUGUCAUUUUGUGUGCAGUGUUGUUAUUUGUUUAUGAAUUUUUGCCAUUAUUUGAUUGAGUAGAUGGUCAGACAGGAACUGUGAGGGGAGGUUAGAGAGAAGACAUGCAACCAAACUGCAUUUGAAACAGGGAUGUUGCAGGUAAGUGGCAUGACUCUUUGAGACUGUCAGGCCUGCUGUGACACCUGCACAGUAUUGUUGUUUUGUUUCUAGUAUAGGCUGACAAAAGAACAGAUGAAUGGACUGUGCUUUUUUUAGACACAAAUGAAAAAUAGACGAAUGCAGUCACAGCGGUGUUACUGUAAAAUAAAUGGAGGAGAUGAUAAAUUGGA